AUGCGACUGGGAGUGAACAUCAGCAGUUCAUGGUUGUUACCGCAAAACGAGUUUCCGGUUUUCUAUCGACAUUUCAGAGACAGAGUGACAUGGUUCGAAGCGGACGCUGUAUGCCAAUUUCACCACGCUCAACUGGCCACAGUUGAAUCUAACAGUCAGUUUGAGGCAAUACGUAGUUAUCUGAAGGAAUUAGACGUUAUCGAGAAUGUUUGGAUUGGUUUGAAGCGGAACAGCGAAGCAGUUAAUUCACAUGGACUAAUUACCAGCCACUUGCAAGGAGCGGUUACUUUAGAGAAGAAGUUCCACGUUCAUCGGACCCAGUUUUGCUUGUCACCGCCCUACGGCCACUUCAAAAUGGCAACAGCUUACACUGGGAGGCCCCGAGUAGCAUCAUUCGUUUGCGAACUUCCAGUUCCAUAUUGGGCGUCCAAGAAUAACGGUUGCAUGACAAGUAUGAUGGAAGGUAUGACAGUAACUUUCUUGCCGGAACGUCCUGCCAUUCAACUCACUAAGGAAUGCAGUCCAGGUGUCUCCAAAAAUGUUACUUGCAAAGGAAACAUGAAACAAUCUGAAAUAAUCGAAAAAUUGAGCUGUCCAAAUUCUAAUAAGCCACUGAAGACGUUAUUCAAACAGGUCAAACCUGAAAUAGUUGAUAUCAAGCUAAAAACCACAACCUCAAGCUCAGAAUCUGAUGUUGAAGACUACGCCAUCGAAAUGGCCACGAUUGCUCAAUACAACGACGAAACGUUCCAGUCGAUAUCUAAAGUGAUGGGUCGCGGUAGUGGUGGCAUCAUCAACUUGCCACAAGAGAUGUCGAUCGCCCAAGAACCGAUAAAGUCUUCGGGCCGAGGAAGUUUCGACACCAACGGCAUUGAUUCGGCAUUUAUCGGAGGUCAGGUCGAGGCCACCAGCACCGGCGCUAGUAGCAUCAGCGCCAGUACUAGCACUAGCACCGCCAGUACUAGCACUAGCACCGCCAGUACUAGCACUAGCACCGCCAGUACUAGCACUAGCACCGCCAGCUCCGUGUCCAGCACGAGCUCCGUUACCAGCGCUAGCACUACCAGCACUACUAGCUCCACACCGAAAAGCGAACCAAAAACCUCAUCGACGAUAACCAUGAAAAAAACGACGACACUGACACCUAUUGCUGCAACUGCUACCGAGACCACGACUCAUACCGGCUCGGUCAACUAUAGUACAGCGUCCGGCACCACGACCCAUGCGACCACAGUAAAUAAAGCGACCACCUCGGCCACAAAAACCGGCACAACCGGUCGCACUGUGACAACCGUUAGCGGCCAGCCGACUGGAACCCCGACCACAACCAGUAACAGUCAUCAUAGUCGCCAACGUGGAAACUCGGCAUACACGACCACCGUUAACACCAACGCCAACGCCCCAAUCUACGCCACCACCACCACCACCGGCCUGCCCAGGAGCCGACCGACUGCACAAGUUACGACCACCGAGAAGAUACACACCGUGGCCAAAAUACUGACCGCCGAGACUGGUGACGUCCGCCGGGCCAACGGUCGCCGGCCAACCGCUGCCACGCUGGCAGCCAUCGCGACGGUCGUGGCUAAAAUACCGUACACUGUUGCCUCCACCUCGGCCACCAGCACUACCAGCCGCCCGUUGAACGCACUGCGGUCAUACGCCAAUUUCGGUGACGGAGACGUUGCCACCACGAAGGACGCCCCGACCACUGAGCCACCGAUUCACGUGUACAAGAAAAUCGAUUUCCCCGGGUUGCCGAUCAAUGACGACGGAGAUUACGUGCGCAAGCCUACCGCCACUCCGUUUUCCAGCACCUCGGCCACCACGUUUUCCAGUCCCGUCACCACGAACGAUAACAAUGAGGCGACUAAGCGUUAUUCGACACCGCUGGCCAUGGCCGCUUCUACCACCAUCAGCGCUUCUGCCAGACCUACCGAUUCCCUCAACAACACAUACCCUGCCGCCGCCGAAACAGCUACCACUAACAUGGUAUCCGGCACAUCGCCACCCGUGGCCUCCGUUACCGUCGACGAAUCAGAUGACGACAACAACAACUGGAACCUGAUCCCGUCGUCCCCUUCGUCCCUGCCGGCCAAAACUGCCAACGACGCUGUCAUUACCACCAUGACCAGUGCCUCCGUAACUGCUGCGUUCGAUGUCACGUCCACCGCCACCGAUGUAGCAGCCGCCACCGUCACCGCCGCAAUCACUACAACCGCCAGGACCACCUCCACCAUCACUCCCACUGAGAGCACCUCUACCGUCGCAGCCACUACAACCGCCGCUCCCGCUAACCACCGGAAAAUUGCCAACUACGACGCGUAUACCGAUCACCCCAAUCGCAGCCGUCACAUAGUCCGCCCCAAACAGCAGCAUCACCACUCCUACCCUUACAUCUUAUACAGACUUUUGGGAUGA